ACGCUGCACGAGUACAGGCGCUUGGCACGCGCUAUAAACCCCAACACCUGCACAGGUGGCCCCGGCACCCAGUAUGAGGCUCGUGACAGUGUAGACGGUUGGUGCAGUAGGGGAAGGAAAGUGGGGGACUGCUGUGACAAGGGAAGAAACACUCCUGUCACCCGUUCAAACAGCUAAAGGAGCAAUAGCCUUUGAUAUGAAGAGUGAGCGGGAGUCGCAACCAUCUGUACUGCGGGGCAACCGGGAGAGUAGAAGCAGCGAAAGUCAGUGCCGAGAGGGGGAUCUUGGGGGCCCAGUGACAAACAGCAGCAUCAAACCGAGGGACGAAAGGAAGGCGGCGCUCAGCAAGGUAGUUAUACGUCGACUUCCUCCAGGCAUAAGCAAAGAACAACUGGAGGAGCAACUACAUCCGCUGCCAGCACACGACUAUUUUGAAUUUCGUACUGCUGAUCCAAGUUUAUACCCUCAUCUCUUCUCAAGGGCAUAUAUUAACUUUAGAAACCCAGAAGACAUCCUUCUUUUUAGAGAUCGCUUCGAUGGAUUUAUAUUCAUUGACAACAAAGAUCUUGAGUACAAGAAAUUUUUGGAGAACUACUGUGCAGAGGAGGAAAAAAUUUGUGCAAAUCCAGAGACUUUACUGGGAGAAAUUGAAGCAAAGACAAAGGAGCUUAUUGCCAGAAGAACAACACCACUGUUAGAAUUCAUAAAAAACAGAAAACUAGAGAAGCAGAGAAUACGGGAAGAAAAAAGAGAAGAGAGGAGGCGUCGGGAAUUGGAGAAAAAACGCAUAAGAGAGGAAGAGAAGAGAAAACGUAGGGAAGAAGAAAGGAGGAAGAGAAAAGAAGCAGACAAGCAAAAGAAAAUCAUUGAAAAGGAAAUACGAAUUAAGCUUCUCAAGAAACCUGAAAAAGGGGAUGAGGCUGUCAGUGAAAAGUGUGAGAAAAUAGAAGAGACUGAAGCUGAAGAAGCAAAAUGGGAAAAGUCACCUGUAUCUGCAAAUAUAAAAGUACGACCAUUUGAAAGCUUUGUCAAGGAACUCAAAGAAAAAAUGCAGAAUGACAGUGAUAAAGAACAAAGGGACGACAGAAGGAUUAGAGCUAAAGAUCAAGAUAAACAAAGGUACAGAAUGGAAGAUGGCAGAAAACAAAGGUCCCACUAUGAGUAUGAGAAGUUCACAAGGAGGAACGAAGAUGAUCAAAAAUGGGGAAAGGCUUACAGCCAAGAUCGCGUAAAGAAAGGAAACCACAACUCCAGCUUUGCAGCGGAUGCAGUAGACAAACUGGGUAAAGAGGACAAGGGUGAUGGCAUUGCAUCCAAAAAGGACCGCCUAAGAAAUAAGGAUCGCCCGGCCAUGCAGCUAUACCAGCCAGGAACUCGCAGUCGCACAACUACAGAACCUACAAAUAAAGGUGCAGAGGAACAUUUCCACACACAAUAUGACAACAUGGCAAGAAGAAGCUCAGAAAAGACUGAAGCUGCUGAAUGAAAUGAUCCAAACAACUUGUUUACCAAUGAUCUUUCCAUACAAAUACAUUAAGGCCUUACACACCACAUGCAAAAUAGAAACCGCUCUCCAUUGUGUCUGCCUUAUUCUUUACUUUGAUAACACAAGCAAUAGUGAAUUUAGAUAAAGUGUGCAAAAUGUUGUCUUUCUGUCCCCUUCAGUGGCAAAGAACUAAUAACUUGCACUGCACCUACAGAAGACAUAGUUGUACUGUUGUAUUUAAAACACUGAAAAACAGUAUCAGUUUUGUCCAGUUUAAUGAUGCUUACCCAGUGAAUCUGAAUAUCACUAUUCAAAUUUGUUGGAAAUAUAUAAUGUUGUUUUAAGCUUUCGUGACUUAGAUAGAGAAUACAAUUUUAAACAACUUUUCAAUUUACUUGUAUUAUUUAAUUUACUUCAUUCUCUUGGCAUCCUUUGUUGAAGAAGCCGCAGCGCACUACUGCGAGCUAGCUGAAAGCAUUGGGUGAACCAAUAACAUGAGGCAUAUAUGUGCAGCCACUGAUCAGCAGCUCCUGAGCCUAGGUAUCCUUUUCAACAAAUGAUUCCAUGAGAACAAAACAAAUUAGAUAAUAGAAGUAAAUUGGAAAGUUGUUUAAAAUCACAUGCUUUAUCUGAAUCAUGAAAAAAAAAUGUGUGUUUCAUGCCCCUUUAAUUUUACUGUAGAUAUCAUAGGUCACUUGUUUCUGAGGCAUGUCGGAAAUAUCACGAGAGAGACAAAAAUAUAAUUAGUUUUGCUUGUGCUUCACAACUGAAGCAAUAUGUAAUAUCUGAUGGCACAAACUUAAACACUUUAGCAAUCACAAUAUUGUCCCUGUCAAAGUGAAUGAACUAAUAUGAAUUGACAUGCUGGUAUGAGGCCCUUCAAUAACAAAGCACAGCUCAAACGUAUUGCACUUAAAGCUGAUAGUUUUUAUAGACUAGUUGUUUAAUGUAUUCUUAUUGGUACGUUAAAUAUGGUAUAGUCACUUCUAUAUGACUUAUUUGUUCAUUUACACUGAGUAUCCAGUUCCAGAACUUAUGUCCUAACACGUUAGAGGUAUCUUGCUAACAGUAAUAAGGAAAAACAGAUUCACCUCAGGUAUUUAUUUAAUCACAAUGCAAAGUAUGUCUAGUUCUAGUUGUUAUUAUGUACAAAAUUGUUUGUUUUUUGCCACAUUUUAAGCCUGUACAUUAGCAAAUGGAUACUCAAUACUAAACUCUUGUAGGUUGUCAGAUAUGCCACUUCCAUAUUUCAGGAACUGUAACAAAUGUUACUAUUGAUUAUAUUUACUUCAAAUGCCACUUAUAUUGUUGUGAUGCUCUGAUCCCAAGGGAACUUUGUAUCUACACAAUAAUAUCUAGGUGAAUAAUAUAGUGUCAUUUAUAGUAUGCACUAAGCAGGCAAGACAUUAAUACUACCAGGCAGCCAUAGUUUGUUUGAUGACAGAUGUAAACGUUAGGUAAGUAAGUAACUCCUCAUAUACCCAUAAAAUAAAAUUAUAACAUUAGGGGGGGACUGAGAAUAUUUUACACUUAUGAACACCACAUAAAAUAAAAGAUCACUUGCAUAUACAGCAUGUUUAUGAACAUAUCUCAGCUCGUUCUAAAAUGACCAAUCUAGUA